CCCACAAUGCCAGAAAUAACUACUCCGCCCAGGAAGAUCCUCUUGGUAGUUACUGGAGGAGGCCAUACUCAUGCAGGUGAGUACAUCACAUCCUCUGCGGCAUAAAUGGAAUCCAUAUAUAUAUAUAUAUAUAUAUAUAUGCUAACGGCUUAGCACCCGUCCUGGAACUCGGAAAGAUCCUGGCCAACCGAGGCCAUACCAUCGACUUUGGCACUCUCGAUGGACAAGAGAAAUGGACUGACGGUUUCCCCAUAUCCCGCACGCAUCUCAUGGGCCCCGGUCCCACAGAAGAACAGCUCGACGCUCACUACAAGCGAAGUCGACUCUGGGACCCAGCCAAGGGAUUUGGAGAUGUCAUGGACUCCAAAUACCUCUUUGACUCCCUGUGGACGCAAACCUACCAUCGACUAAAGGAGAUCAUGGCCGAUCCCGCCACACGCCCAGAUAUGAUGGUCGCGGAUUUCUUCGUCGACGCGGUAAAGGAUAUCCAUUUCGAGUACAAGCUGCCCAUCGCGAUCGUGUGGCCGCAGAUGCCGUACAUGAUGGUUCCCUGCUCGUAUAUCCCCGGCCAGCCGGGCUUCCAGCUAGACAUGACCCUGACAUCGGAGAAUGCAUCCAUGUGGUGCCGGGCCAACAACGAGCUGGUGGUCGUGCGUGCCUUGCCCGAGGCCCUCAAACUCAUGAAGUGGACCAAGGCGAUGCGCAAACGCGCGGGCCUGAACUAUCUCCUUCCCACCCCGACCAAACCGGAUUACCUGGUCUUGGUGAAUUCAUUCCUCGGUCUGGAAGUCCCCAGGGACCUCCCUCCGCUGGUUGCUGCCGUGGGGCCCAUCCUCGCAGAUGAAUAUCCCCCGCUAGAUGACGUCCACCAGCGCUUUCUGGACCAGCACCUGAAGACCAUCUACGUCGCGCUGGGGACGCACACUAUCCUGUCGCACGCGGAUGCCCGGAAAAUCAUCGAGGGUCUCAUCCAGGCGAUGGACGCAGGGCUCAUCGACGGCGUGAUCUGGUCCGUAGGCGAGAGCGGACGGCAGCUCUUCGACACAGCGGACGAGUUCAUCACCAUCGACGGCCAAACAACCGUCCGCUUCGGCGACCUCCUGACCGGAAAACAUGCCAACUGGCUAUUCCCCUUCUUUGCGCCCCAACGGUCCAUCCUGGACCACCCGCACGCCCGAAUCUACUUCACGCACGGCGGCGGAUCCAGCGCCAACGAAGGCCUUUACCACGGCAAACCCAUGCUCGUCAUGCCCUUCUUCUUCGACCAGAUUGGCAACGCGGCCAAACUAGCCGGCAGCGGGACAUCCGAGGUCCUGCACAAGUUCCGCUUCACGGCGGAGGAGGUCUACACAAAGAUGAAGCUAAUCGUGGAAGAUCGUGGGGGGAGCUACGCGCGAAAUGUACUUCGUCUCCAGCGGAUCGCUCGCGUGGCGUCUAGACGGAAGCAGCUGGGCGCAGACCUUAUUGAGGAGGUGUUGUAUGAUACGGAGCUGAGGGUAGUGGAUGGGAAGGAGACGCGGCCGAUGCAUCUCCAGACGGCGGAUAUGCGGAUGCCUGUUUACAAGGCGAGGAACUGGGAUCUGAUGGCGGUUUCGGGCUUGGCGAUGGGGUUGCUGGGGGGAGGGACCUAUUAUGCGGCGCGAUUGGCUUGGAUGCAUCGUCAGGCUGUUAGGAAUCUUGUUGAUUAUUUGGUUCGAGGGUCGGUGGUUGGUGGUUAGAGAUAUCCCUCCCUGGCUUUAAGGAGCUUUGCAUAUGCUAGUUAGUUUGAUACACGCGCUUCGUAUACUCCUCUUUUGGUCCCCCCCUUUCAAAACAAGUCCAUCAUUCUCACACUUCUCACUGUCUCCAUCAGACUCUACAGCUCCUUAUACAGUGAUAUGGCGUGCAUUCAGCGGGCAGCACUCCCAUAACCAGGCCCUACCGUCGAAGUCAUUGUGAUCAGAUGCGAGAGGCAAGGACGAUACACUAAGAUGGUGAAAAUCAAGCACUGCUGGCCCUCUUCUCUGCUUAAUAAUUGUCUCAUUUUCCUAUCUUUAAGUGUUUUUUUUUGGGGGUGAUCUGUUUGUAUUGUUUUUAUCCCUCCGUCCUUCCCCAGGAUGUCAAUGGCACUAUUGUAAAUAAAGAGGAGC